AUGGCAACGUCUCUUUACUUCAAUACCAAUGAUCAACGUCUCGAGUUGUUUUCAUUAGUUUGGCUCGACUCCAAUCCGCAUGAAACUCGGCAAACUGAACAAAAACUUCGUUCGAUUAUCAAUCGUCUUAAACGCUUUCGACAAGUUGAUCAAUGUCGACAGUAUAUCGAGGAAAUGAAUUCCAAAGAACGAGUAGUUCUAAUCGUCAAUGGACGGUUAGGAAAAGAACUCGUUCCUUCCGUUCAUCGUCAUCGACAAAUCAUUUCUAUCUACGUUUUUUGUAUGGAUAAAGAAUCCAAUCGACAAUGGGCAGCGAAAUUUUCUAAAGUCAAAAACGUUUCAACAAACAUUGACCAACUGAUCGGUGAAAUCAAACGAAAUCACAAAAUUGAAAAGAAAGUGGAAGAACACUUAGAAAUGAAUUUCUUCAGUACGAAUACUGGCGGAGGAGGAGGAGGAAAAUCCCUAUCAGGUAUCAACGGGAAGUUUCUUUUCUCUCAAGUACUGAUUGACUGUCUGAUGGAAUUACCAUUCAAUGAAGAGGAUCGAACUGAACUAAUUCAAUGUUGUCAGACUGAAUACAAAGGAAAUGUCAAAGAAUUGGAUAAAAUCGAAGAGUUCGCCAAUGGAUAUUCCGCGAAGAAUGUGUUAUGGUGGUACACAAGAGAAUCUUUCUUCUAUAAAAUCUUAAAUUCGUCACUACGUAUGGAAAAUCUUCAUUUAAUGUUUCUAUUUCGUUCGUUCAUUUCCGAUAUUUGUGAACAAUUGAAAAAAAAUCCAGUGAAAACAUCGAUCAAAGUCUAUCGAAGUCAAUUGAUUGCAAAAGAAGAAUUUCAAAACUUACAAAAAUCAACCGGUCAGUUCAUCUCCAUUAAUUCCUUUUUCUCAACGAGUCUCUCACGAUCCACAGCGCUUUCAUUUCUCGAUCUUUCGGAUGGUUCAUCUGAUCUGCAAAAGAUCUUAUUCGAAGUUUCUGCAGAUCCAACGACUGUAACUACAAAACCCUUUGCAGACAUUUCGAAAUUUAGUGAUUUUAAUGAUGAACAAGAGAUUUUAUUUAUGAUCGGAUCGAUUUUUCAAAUUGAAAAGAUCGAAAAUGACGAGGAAAACGAAGUUACAAUCGUUAAGAUGAAUUUGUGCUCGGACGAAGAAAAUCAUUUGAGAAAAAUUCUUCAUCAAAUGAAACAACAAUUUCUCAACGAACAGAUUUCUCUGAGAACUUUUGCAGAUGUCCUAUGGGAAAUGGGACAACUCAAGUUAGCAGACAUGUAUCUACAAAGAUUUUUGAAUGGUCUCUCGCCGAACGAUCAACUUCGACCGAUUUUGUACAAAGAUUUGGCGAAAUUAGCAUCGCAAAACGGAGAUUUCGAUCAAAGUGUUCAAUGGAGACACAAACUGAUUGAAUUUGAAGAACAGAAAAGUCAAGUCAAGUAUAUACCAACAACUGAGGAAAAAACAACAAAACCAAUGAUGAAACUAAAUAUUCAUCCAAAGAUAAAAUCAACAAAUAGGAAAUGGAAACAAUUCGGAAUCACUGUGGCGGGAGGGAAUGGCGACGGCGAAGGAUUGAACCAACUUCAUUGGCCCGAGGGAAUUUGUAUCGAUGAUGAAAACCAAACGAUUUACAUUGCUGACACACUAAAUCAUCGUAUUAUGAAAUGGAAAAUAGGACAAAAACAGGGAGAGGUUGUUGCUGGAGGGACUGGACAAGGAAUGCGCAUUGAUCAGUUACACGGGCCAACGAAUGUGAUUUGGGAUAAAGCAAAUCGUGCACUCAUUAUUGCUGACUUGAAAAAUCUUCGAGUAGUGCAAUGGACUUGGCGAAAUGGCGUCAAACAACAAAUUCUUUUCUCUCAUAUAUCAUGCUAUGGUCUUUUUUUGGAUAAGAAUGGUAGUUUGUAUGUUUCUGAUUGUGUGACGAGUGAAAUCAGGCAGUGGAAAGAAGGAGAAAGAAAUGGAAUAGUCGUUGCAGGUGGAAAUGGAAUAGGGAAUCGUUGUGAUCAGUUCGACCGUCCAACUUUUCUCUCUGUCGAUAAAGACGAUUCGGUUUAUGUGACUGAUAAGGACAAUAAUCGUGUGAUGAAAUGGACAAAAAAUGCUCAAGAAGGAAUUGUCGUUGCUGGUGGAAAUGGCAAAGGAAAGGAUCUUAAUCAAUUUCAGAUUCCUGGAGGAGUUAUUGUUGACGAGUUGAAUAAUGUUUAUAUAGCGGAUGGGAGCAAUUGUCGAAUUAUAUGUUGGCCCCCAGGAUCGAGAGAAGGUUCAGUCAUCGUGGGUAAAGACCUUUUCGGAAGCGAAGCAGAUCAACUGGCUUGUCCUGCAGGAUUAUCCUUCGAUUGUGAAGGGAAUCUUUAUGUUGUAGAUAGUUUCAAUAAUCGAGUUCAAAAAUUUGAAGUUGACACAAGUUGA